AUGUCAGGUCGCGGCAAGGGUGGUAAGGCGAAGACGUCUGGUAAGGCAAAGAGUCGUUCUUCUCGUGCUGGUUUACAAUUUCCUGUUGGUCGCAUUCACCGUCUAUUGCGUAAAGGCAACUAUGCUGAACGUGUUGGUGCUGGAGCUCCCGUUUAUUUAGCUGCUGUAUUAGAGUAUUUGGCUGCUGAAGUGCUUGAAUUGGCUGGCAAUGCAGCGAGG